CCUAAAUAACUCGUCUUUCUUCGCCACGGCCUACGGUUGCUCAUCUUGUGAGCGGAAAGCCAACGCCGGACUUCAAUAAAUCCCUUCACCGAUCCGAUAAAUUCCAUCUCCGGCGAGAAUCACAAGAUCCAGACUGCAACUUUGAAGUUGAGUGCUGCUUUUAGUAAGCAUUGUUAUGUAAUUUCUAUUUCUAUAUUCAGUUUCCAGUGGAAUUGAAGCAGGAUCCGCUCCUACUGAACUAAAGAAAGGAAAGAAAAAUGUUGAGGCUUAGAGCAUUUCGGCCUUCGAGUGAGAAGAUCGUGAAGAUACAGAUGCAUCCGACCCAUCCAUGGCUUGUUACCGCCGAUGCCUCGGAUCACGUCUCUGUAUGGAAUUGGGAGCAUCGGCAGGUCAUUUACGAGCUCAAAGCAGGCGGAAUUGAUCAGAGGCGUCUUGUUGGUGCCAAGUUGGAGAAGCUAGCCGAGGGAGAUUUGGAUUCGAAGGGGAAGCCGGCUGAAGCUAUACGAGGAGGAAGCGUCAAACAGGUGAACUUCUAUGACGAUGAUGUACGCUUUUGGCAACUUUGGCGGAACCGUUCUGCAGCUGCCGAAGCUCCUUCAGCUGUCAACCAAGUCACAUCAGCUUUGAGUACCCCUGCCCCUUCCACAAAAGGGAGGCAUUUUCUAGUUAUCUGUUGUGAAAAUAAAGCCAUAUUCUUGGAUUUGGUGACGAUGCGUGGUCGUGAUGUACCGAAGCAGGAUCUUGACAAUAAAUCUCUUCUCUGCAUGGAGUUCCUUUCUAGAUCUUCGGGAGGAGAUGGUCCUCUUGUCGCCUUUGGUGGAUCAGAUGGUGUUAUAAGGGUUCUUUCAAUGUUAACCUGGAAGCUGGUACGCAGAUAUACUGGAGGUCACAAAGGAUCAAUUUCAUGUUUGAUGACCUUCAUGGCUUCCUCGGGUGAGGCACUUUUGGUAUCUGGCGCUAGUGAUGGCUUACUUGUACUAUGGAGUGCAGACAACAGCCAAGAUUCACGAGAACUUGUACCAAAACUAAGCUUAAAAGCACAUGAUGGUGGGGUAGUAGCUGUUGAACUUUCCAGAGUGAUUGGAGGCGCUCCACAGCUUAUCACUAUUGGUGCGGACAAAACACUUGCUAUUUGGGAUACUAUCUCUUUUAAGGAACUGCGUCGCAUUAAACCUGUUCCAAAAUUGGCCUGUCAUAGUGUUGCAUCUUGGUGCCAUCCUCGAGCUCCAAACCUUGAUAUUCUUACUUGUGUUAAAGAUUCCCACAUAUGGGCUAUCGAGCAUCCCACAUACUCAGCUCUCACAAGACCGCUUUGUGAACUUUCCUCCCUUGUCCCUCCUCAAGUACUUGCUCCAAACAAGAAAGUUAGGGUUUACUGUAUGAUUGCUCAUCCGUUACAACCUCAUCUUGUUGCUACUGGAACCAAUAUUGGUGUUAUCAUCAGUGAACUUGAUGCUAGAUCUCUUCCAGCAGUAGCUCCUCUUCCAACUCCAUCAGGCGGACGAGAGCAUUCUGCUGUUUAUAUCGUUGAAAGGGAACUAAAGUUGCUAAAUUUUCAAUUGUCUCACACAACAAAUCCAUCUUUGGGAAAUAAUGGAUCCUUAUCUGAAGGAGGAAGGUUAAAGGGAGAUGAGCUGCUACAAGUCAAGCAGGUCAAGAAACACAUCAGCACUCCUGUUCCACAUGAUGCAUAUUCAGUUCUUUCCAUUAGCAGUUCCGGAAAGUACCUUGCUAUAAUUUGGCCUGAUAUUCCGUACUUUUCCAUAUACAAAGUAAGUGACUGGUCCAUUGUUGAUUCCGGAAGUGCAAGGCUUUUGGCUUGGGAUACAUGUCGAGACAGGUUUGCAUUACUGGAAUCUGCUAUACCUCCUAGAUUUCCUACAAUUCCUAAGGGGGGAUCAUCAAGAAGAGCAAAGGAGGCUGCAGCAGCAGCAGCACAAGCGGCUGCAGCAGCUGCUUCUGCUGCUUCCUCGGCCAGUGUUCAAGUUCGUAUUUUGCUCGAUGAUGGGACAUCAAACAUAUUGAUGAGGUCCAUAGGUAGCCGCAGUGAACCGGUUGUUGGUUUGCAUGGCGGGGCUCUACUUGGCGUUGCAUAUCGAACAUCUAGGAGAAUUAGUCCUGUUGCUGCCACAGCAAUUUCAACAAUGCCUUUAUCAGGAUUUGGCAACAGUGGUGUUUCUUCCUUUACAAGUUUUGACGAUGGUUUUUCAUCACUUAAAUCUUCUGCUGAGACAACACCACCAAACUUCCAAUUGUACAGCUGGGAAACUUUUCAGCCUGUUGGCGGGCUUCUGCCCCAGCCAGAAUGGACUGCAUGGGACCAAACUGUUGAAUAUUGUGCUUUUGCAUACCAACAUUACAUUGUCAUAUCUUCUCUUCGGCCUCAAUAUAGAUACUUGGGAGAUGUAGCAAUUCCACAUGCUACUGGAGCCGUUUGGCACCGUAGACAACUUUUUGUGGCUACUCCAACUACCAUAGAAUGUGUUUUUGUGGAUUGUGGAGUUGCACCUAUUGACAUUGAAACGAGAAGGAUGAAGGAAGAGAUGAAGUUGAAAGAUGCACAAGCAAAAGCCAUUGCUGAGCAUGGGGAGUUAGCUCUUAUCACUGUAGAUGGUCCUCAAACUGCUACCCAAGAAAGGAUAACGUUAAGACCCCCAAUGCUUCAGGUGGUGCGAUUAGCAUCAUAUCAGCAAGCUCCUUCUGUACCACCAUUUUUAUCAUUACCCAAACAGUCGAAAGCAGAUGCAGAUGAUUCAAUGAUGCAAAAAGAUUUUGAAGAAAGAAAAGCAAAUGAGAUAGCAGUUGGCGGUGGUGGAGUGUCAGUGGCAGUUACUCGUUUCCCAGCUGAGCAGAAACGACCUGUAGGACCUCUAGUCGUGGUUGGUGUUAGAGAUGGAGUUCUAUGGUUAAUUGACAGGUACAUGAGUGCACAUGCUUUAUCCUUAAAUCAUCCUGGUAUUCGUUGUCGGUGUCUUGCUGCCUAUGGUGAUGCAGUCAGUGCUGUCAAAUGGGCAAGUAGGCUUGGUAGAGAACAUCAUGAUGACUUAGCUCAAUUUAUGCUCGGUAUGGGCUAUGCUGCGGAAGCCCUACAUCUACCUGGAAUAUCUAAGAGAUUGGAAUUUGAUCUGGCCAUGCAAGGAAAUGAUUUGAAAAGAGCACUUCAGUGUCUUCUUACUAUGAGCAACAGCCGGGACAUGGGACAAGAUAAUGCAGGGCUUGAUUUGAAUGACAUUCUUAGCUUAACAACUAAAAAGGAAGAUAUGGUUGAAACGUUUCAAGGAAUAGUGAAAUUUGCAAAAGAGUUUUUGGAUUUGAUCGAUGCUGCGGAUGCUACUGGACAGGCUGAUAUUGCUCGUGAGGCUCUAAAGAGGUUAGCUGCUGCAGGUUCCUUGAAAGGUGCAUUACAGGGUCAUGAGAUAAGAGGAUUGGCCCUGCGAUUAGCAAAUCAUGGAGAGUUGACACGACUAAGUGGAUUGGUAAACAAUUUGAUCUCUGUCGGCUCGGGACGCGAAGCAGCAUUUGCAGCAGCAGUUUUAGGAGACAAUGCUCUCAUGGAAAAAGCAUGGCAAGACACAGGAAUGCUUGCGGAAGCAGUGCUUCAUGCUCAUGCUCAUGGGCGACCGACAUUGAAAAGCUUGGUUGAGUCUUGGAACAAGAUGCUACAAAAGGAGAUGGAGCACACUUCAUCAGAAAAGACCGAUGCUACAGCCGCAUUUUUCGCAUCACUUGAGGAACCAAAACUCACAAGCUUGGCAGAUGCAGGGAAGAAACCUCCAAUUGAAAUCCUUCCUCCUGGAAUGCCAACUCUUUCAUCUUCCAUUCUUGGUCCAAAGAAGCCAACUCCUGGAGCACAAGGUGCAUUGCAACAACCAGCCAAGCAAUUAAUGUUGGAGGCACCACCUGCUAAUCCACAACCACCUCCAGAUGGUACAUCAACGCAAUCGGAACCAAAUGAACAGACUGCAGGUGGUAAUGCCCUAACUUCAACAACAGCUACUGACACGUCUCCGACUACUCCAGCUGAAAAUGGUCCUACAACUUCAAAUGGUUCAGAGCCAUCGGAUAUUCAAUUAGCAUCCUCCAACACAACACCACCAGUAGAGACUCAAAUACCAACACCAUCAGUAAAUGAUACCAUACAUCCUGAGGCCAUAUUAGAGUCGCCUGAAGUUCAGAAUUCCUCUGUUCCGAUUUCAUCUUUCACAAAUGAUGCACCACCACCAUCAGAGGCCCCAUCCGAGGUACCUGAGCUUCAGAAUACCCCUCUUCCAAAUGUAUCACAAAUCUGAAAUCCAGCUAUAGUCGAGUAUAGAAGGUGAGAUUGAUUUUGGUAACAGUUGUUGCCGCCUCUCGACCGAAGCGCCAACGCACCUCACUCCCAAGAGGGUACUAACUAACAGCCGAGUCCUCUCCGAACCACAAGUUGUAAUGUAUUCUUCAUGUGUUAGAUUCUCUCUCGCCUAUUGUGCCAUACAAAGUUGCAUAUAUUCUUUCGUUCUUUAUUGCCUUAGAACACAUUUCAAUAUAUAUGCAGUUCCAUUUGUAAAAUUUUUCUGGUGUGAUUGUGUAAUUUAGUGUUAGCUAGAAUUUAUCUCGAGAGUCGACAUUGUUUUACAAUGUUCAAUAUACUAAUUCUUAGUAUUUUUUCCUGUUAUGAACGUUUUUGUAUUGUUGUUGCUAUGUAUUGUUUUUGAAUGUGUCGUCUAUAAAGUAUACCUGUAUGAACUUCUUUGAUUGUUAUGGUGAAUAUAUCAUAUAUCUAUUUGGAACUA